UUUUUUGUAACCCGGAAGGUACUGUGAUGUUUUCAAUAAUUCAGUGUAUUUACACCUUUAUAACGUACAUAUAAAUGUGUAUUUAUUUAUGUAAAGCAAUUAAAUAUUAUAUUUGUUUGAAUGUUCUUGUUAAACUCAAAAUUUUUUUUUUAUUUUAAAUGCACGCUAAUAAUAUUAAAAAAUAAGAACAAAAUAAAGUAAUUACAUACAUUUUAUUUACUUUGACAUUAUUAUUCUCCCUCAUCAAAAUUAGUAAUAUGAAUCUAAAAGUUCUCUCUUUGUUCUCCAUUGAAGUAUUAAAGUUAUCUCAAAACAAUCCCUGCCAAGUCGGCUGGCAAUAACGAAUUUUGUGAAUCAGAAGUAUUUAAAUAUUGGCACAAAUAAUUUUUACUUUCGUCAAGAUUGCAAUCUUUUAAAAAUAUUUCUCAAGUCAUUUUCGGAAAUAUUAUGCAACUCUAGCUCUAUAAUAUCAAAGUUGCACAUCAGAAAUUUAAAGUGCAUUUUCAUAACACAACAUCUUUUAUGAUCAAAACAAACAGCAAUAAAAAUUUAGCGGGUUAUGACCACUCCACUACAUAAACAAAUGUUUUGUAUGCUAAGUAAAUAUUUACACUCUGCUCCUACCAAUUCAUUUAAUUGAAAUUACUAUCACGUUUUGGUUACAUUUACUUCGUAUAAGCAUACAUACCUACACAUACAAACAUUUGUUUUGCAUUGCCAUUAACCAUAGUAGUACUCAUAUUGAAUUUGUUCCAAAAACGUCGCUUGAACUUGAGGGUAUUAUCUUUCCACUUAGCCAAGUACUUAACACACUUUCGAUUUCCACGCUAAACACCGCCUGCAUUUCAUCAUUCGCAAUUUUCCGCCGGCUUGGCAUACAAAUUCACUAAUUAAAUUGACAAAUUUUGUAUUGCAUUUGUGCAUAAAAUGCAAUAAAAUAAAAAAAAUAUUCAUUGAUUCACAUUUGCAUAUGAUUAUUAGGUUAAUUGAUUUUCAAAUAAUUAAAUAAAUGUUUUUUAAACUCAUGCAAUUUUUUAUGUUUUCCACUGACACUAAUAGCACUUGUUGUCAUAUCAUCUGCACAACCAUAUUAUAUUUGCUUGUGUGUGAGCCUACCACUGCUGUCAAAACACAUCUAUCCUUACUUUGUGAACUAUUCAUAAUGACGUUGCUUUUGUUCACGUUUCGGUAACACAUUUACCGCCUUCUUGCCGGCAACAAGUGCCAGAUUUGAGUAGUGAAAGGAGGUGCGUGUGGACAGACACGCACACAAAUGCAUAUAUAGAGGAUUACAGGAUUGCUUGCCUUUAUUGCGGCCAACAAUGGCGUGACAUGCAAACUGGUCGGCCCAGGCUAUAAUAAUGGCCGGCAAUUACUAGAAAUGCUUUAUCCAUACGUUGGCGACAUUUUUUUAUUCAAUACCAUAAUUUGUUGAGUUCAGAGUUCGUUAUUAGCUUAAUUUGUUCAGUUAACAUUUUUAUUUACAUUUUAGUCAAGAGGAACGAAAUUGAUUCGUUAUUGCUUGAACUAGUUUAAUUGGACGAAUGUCAAGUUAGUGAAUUAAAAUCAAGUGGAAUAUAGCGGGAUACAAAUUCUGCAUAUUCUUUUGUUUAAUUAUUAAAUUACUAAUAAAAUAUAAAAACCAAAACGGGCUCAGCUAGGCGUAUGAGAUACUUUAAUGUCAAAGAUUGAAAAAGUCGACAAAAGAAAGCAACACACACGUAAACACACAUACAUAUCACAAAUAAAACUUCAAAACGUAUAAUGGACAUCGUGCAGGAUAUAAGUGAAUUCUUUGUGGUAUUUGUAAAAAUUCUUUUAGAGUUAUUGCAUAGUCUUUUUGAAAAGUUUAUGACCAAAAGGCUGAAGGAUAUUAGCGGUGAAAUUAUAUUGAUAACAGGCGCUGGACAUGGCAUUGGACGUGAAUUGGCGCUACAUUAUGCGGCAUGGGGUAGUGUUGUUGUCUGUGUCGAUAUAAAUGAGAAGAACAAUGAAGAAACUUUGAAUAAAGCUAAAAGACUUAUGCAAAAUUCUGUUUAUGGUUACACUUGCGAUGUUGCAAAUCGUGAUGCAGUUUUGAAGCUAGCCGCCCAAGUUGAAGCUGAAGUUGGACGUGUCUCUGUGUUGGUGAACAAUGUCGGUAUUAUGCCGACACAUCCGCUGGAGCAACAUACUGCUGAAGAGAUAAGACGCGUAUUCGAUAUAAAUGUUUUAUCACAUUUCUGGACACUUGAAGCAUUCCUGCCGCAAAUGAAGCAACAGGGACGUGGUCAUAUUAUAUGUAUUUCCUCGAUUGCCGGAGUUGUAGGGCUAACAAAUUUAGUACCAUAUUGUGCAACCAAGUACGCUGUGCGUGGCAUGAUGGAGGCGUUGCAUGAGGAAAUACGCGAAGGACCUUACAAGGAUUUUAUAAAGCUUACCGUUGUUUACCCCUAUAUGACUAACACUGGUCUAUGCAAACGGCCCAAAGUAAAGUUUCCAUCAAUGCUUGGCCUACUGGAUCCCAAGGAGGUUGCCAAACAUAUUGUGGAGGCACACCGUUCAAAUGUUAAUGAAACUACAAUACCUGGUAGCCUGCUCCAUGUCAAUAAUUGGUGUCGUUUGUUACCUUUGCGUUGUGGUCUUUUACUUAAGGAUUAUAUAGAUAGCGGCGUUGAAUCAGAUUUGUGAGAUUGCUUUACAUACAAGUAAAGCAAACUUGAAUGUUCAUUUUCUAAUUGGUUAUGUAUUAUAGUGUGUGGUUUUUAUUUUGUUAGUAUGUAAGUAUAUUAAAAAUUUAUUUUAUAAAGAACAAUAAAAUAAAAUUGAUGUUUGGUUAUAAAUGAACAAUAAACCAAUAAUGAGCAGUAGGAAAACUGCAUGGUAUUUCUUGCAAUAAGUGAAAUUAUGUAAAUAUAUAAACAUGCAUAACUUUUUCAUAUCAGUAAUACAAUCAAAUGUUUUACACAGGCAUAGUUCUUAUCUAAGCCCAUCAGUUAUAUAAUAAAUACUUAUAAAAACAAA